CGACCUCGUUACAGCCAGAGAUUACAGAGUGCGCGAGGAGAAUCAUCGGGCACAUCUCGAAGUGGCCGACUGGUACUUUAUUAACGCUCACAAUAACACAUGUGCGCAGAAGGAAGCAUUUUCGGGAUUUUGAUCUGAAGGAAAGAACAACAUAUUAUUUGUUGGAAUACUACUUUUCAACGUUAUUCUCCCAGUGAAAUUAAAGACUGAUCUGCGUUUUAUCUUUGGCAUUUCGGUGUCCUCGUGCUCAAUUGGACAUCAUUUUCAGAACCUGAAUUGGGAGUUUCUUUUUUGGGAACGAGUAAUAAUGUUACUGUCCAAAUUCGGCUCAUUUUCCCAUAUUUGCAGCACGUCCAACAUGGAUUUGCCAGUGAAAAUACAGCUUCAGCAAGUGAAGGUGGAGAAGGAGCCAUUCGAUAAAAUAUACCAGGUGGGAUCUGUACUAGGAAGCGGGGGAUUCGGUACGGUCUACGCCGGUAGUCGGAUUUCAGACUGUUUGCCGGUUGCUGUAAAACAUGUAGCUAAAGAGAGAGUUACGGAAUGGGGUACCCUUAACGGUUCAUUGGUGCCUCUGGAGAUUCUGCUCUUGAAAAAGGUGGGAACCACUUUCCGAGGCGUUAUAAAGCUGAUUGACUGGUACGAGCGACCCGAUGGCUGGUUAAUAAUCAUGGAACGACCGGAGACUGUCAAGGAUUUGUUUGACUAUAUAACCGAGAAAGGGGCUUUGGACGAAGACUCAGCGCGUGGAUUUUUCCGUCAGGUCUUGGAAGCGGUACGACAUUGCUACAAUUGUGGCGUGGUCCAUAGGGACAUCAAAGACGAGAACCUGCUCGUGGAUCUACGUAGCGGAGAACUCAAGCUCAUUGACUUUGGUUCGGGGGCGAUUCUCAAGGACACCGUUUAUACAGACUUUGACGGCACGAGAGUAUACAGUCCGCCAGAGUGGAUCCGAUUCCAUAGGUAUCACGGGCGGUCUGCGACGGUCUGGUCACUUGGCGUGCUGCUGUAUGACAUGGUGUGUGGUGACAUACCCUUUGAACAAGACGAGGAGAUCCUCGGGGGAUGCCUGUUCUUCAGGAGGAAAGUGUCUACCGAGUGUCAGCAACUGAUCAAGUUGUGCCUCUGCCUCAGGCCCUCUGACAGACCCACACUGGAGCAGAUCUUUGACCACCCGUGGAUGCGUGUCCCAAUCGACGACUCAAAAACAGAGGGGUGUGACAUUACCCUGCAUGCAAUUACACCCGACUCCUCAAGCACAAACUCAAGCAAAGAGAGCCUCUGAUUGGGCAACCUUGUUGUGUGAAGGGGACAUUUUUGCAGACCUGUGGACUUGUGGGUCCUCAGUCUCGAAUAGAGCGAGUUAACAGGACUUUUCGUUGGCAACUAUAAUUUAAGGUUUUCCCUCUAACUUUGUCAUUGUUGUUUUGAGGAAAUGUUUCCUCACCUGGGAACUUGUUACUUGGGUGGUUUGACCAGCAUUCUUUUAUUUCAAGAUUUAUUUUUAGCUGGUUCAUGUUCUGUAACCCCCUUAUAUCAGAUCUCCUGGCUGCUCUUAUAGAGUAUGAACUCUGUUUUUGUAUUUACAUUGAUUUGGAGUGCCUUUAUUUUUUUGCUGCUUUGGUGUGGCUGUAGUCAUAUGAACCUUGUGUUGGGUUGUCUGUUGCUUGAGAAAUACCUAACCAGAGUAACCCCGUCUCGCUAAGAGCCAAUCCCAUGACAGGACCAUGUGACGCAGGAUCCCGCCCACCGACAUGGUGGAAUACUUGAAACGCACACUCAUCCACACCACAAACUUUCUGCUGCUCUUUCACUGUAAAUGCCUGCACAGCUGUGUGGAAAUGGGGUUUAUUAUCUGUUUCUCUGAAUGUGUACUGAAAGCAUCAAGACCUCUCUCCCUCAAUGGCUUCGUAGGGUUUCAUACACUUGCGUUUCUGUACCCCAUCUCUGCUGACACUACACAGCACCGGGCUUGGCUGGGACCUGUGUGUGAAAUGCACAAUCAAUGCAAUAUUCAUGGACUUUCUUUUCUUCUUACUAUUAGUAUGUAUAUUUAUGUACAUUCUCCCAUGUAAAAUUAUUUAUUUGUACUAGACAUUCCACACUGUGGCUAUUUAUUUAUUUUAUCAAUUCAUGGAAAUCCCAGAAAUAAAAUUCUACAUGGCCUUUUUUGCAUUCCGGUAAUUUCUCUUUUAGAAAAUAUCACAAUUGUUCUGUAUUGGCUAUCUAUUGAAAAAUAUGAAAACAAAUGAACUUGUGGUUGAUUCAAUUUUACAUCUCAUUAAUCCCUUCAAUGAGACUGAAAUGUGAGUUUAAAUUCAAAUGGGUGAAGUAAUGGUGGGAGAUUAUUUUUCAGACCAAAAUUUCAAAUAAACCUUUUGUAUAUUA